AUGUCUACGUAUGCCCAGUCUCGCCAGACGAUCCGCUCAGUCGCACCGUCUUGCUCUUGCUUUUGCUUUGAUCGCCCAGCAGCGACCAUCGUGACCUCUCUCGUAUGCAAGCCUGGUUACCCCACAGUCGGCGAGAUGCACUGCACGCUGCACAGGUCCUAUCGCGGCCUCUCCAUGGUUUGCCCAGAGCCGAGCGUAGCCAUGCCGUCCUCGCUCUCCAUGCGCGGCCAGCCCCCAUUCUUCUUUUCUUCUGACAGCACCAUAUCCACCUUGGCACCGCUCUUCGUCACGCGUCCCGGUAUCGGCUCUCGUGGGGGUUACGCAAAAUUUUGUAAUCCUCCCAUAGCUGCUAUGCUGAGCGCGAUGAGGGCCGUAGCGGCUGCGGAAAGCGUCGGCGGGCCCACAACGGACCUCAGACAAUCAAACUCCUUCCCCGCCAUGGCCAUUGACCUGCACGCAUUGAGCAUUGAAACGCCAUUCUGUCGCCAUAAUGUCGCGGCAUUACGAUUUAGCGUUGUGUCGCAGGAUAGUGUAUUGCAGUGUUACUUGAACAUUUUCGUCAACGCUUGUACAACUAUCUGCGUUAUUAGUUAUGAGAUUGAUCAUGCUGUGGCCAUGCUUUAG